UUGGAUUUAGCGACUCCACCGUGCCAGGACUUUGUCCAUCCAAGGACAGGUGUAUCAGAUUGUCCUCAACGUAAGCAUCUGUGUGAAAAUCCUAUCUACCGUCAACUAAUGGCUGAGCAGUGCCCAUUGACAUGCAACAAAUGUAAUCCUACACCUACCACGGCGGGACCAGCGCCAUGCGAGAUAAAAGACUUUGUGCAUCCAAGAACCGGCAUAUCGGACUGCCCUCAACGUAAGCAUCUAUGUGAAAAUCCUAUCUACCGCCAACUAAUGGCUGAACAGUGUCCGCUGACGUGCAACAAAUGUAAUCCUACACCUACCCCGCCAGGACCAGCGCCAAGUAAGUAAAU